AGGAAGGCAUGGGACAGAAAUGCUGUUGGGUCCAGGCUACCAAGUGCCAACUGCUGGUGGCCAGUCUUUUUGUCAUGCUGCUUGGGCUAUCAGCAGCGAUACUGACCAUUAUUACCUACUAUGAGAAGCGCUUCAUUGUCAUAAAUGAAGUCUCUUUGGAAGCAAACCCCAUCAGAACGUUCCACAGUUUAGUUUUGUAUGCUGGAAUAUGUCUGAGUAGCAUCCUGGUCAUUGCUGCUAUAUUGAGUGUUGUUGCCACAUGGAGAGACCUGGAGAGUGCUAUGGCAGUGGGGUUCCUCUGUUUCGCUGUGGUGUUCCUUGCAUCCGUUCAGGCUGCCUACUGGACAAUAACUAGAAAUACUGAGGCUGAAGAUGCCAUGAUGGAUGUGUAUGACUUUGUUUAUGAAGCCGUGAGAAGCAAUUCUUCUAGUAAUGGGAGGCAGGAGCUACUGACCAUCCACAAAACGUUUCUCUGUUGUGGAAAGAAGCUACCCUUUGAAGAAGCAAGCCAUAUUGAAAAUGAGAUGUGCCAAUUAGAAACAAUGGGAACAAAAGAGGAUUGCCUCCAAGAGAUCCACAACUUCCUGAAAAAACACAUGAGUUAUGUCUCCAUACUGAUGAUCAUUACGACUAUCAUCAUGGUGUAUGGGAUGAUCUUAACUUCAUUCCUCUGCUUCUCAAUUCAUUUCAAAAGCAGUCUGGAUCGGAAGGACAAGUAUGUUCUGGCAGGGCGAUAGGAUGGCCUUUGAGCUCAGAAGAAAAGUUCAAGACCACUGCAGACCAAGAGAAACUGAACAAUAGAUUGUGGCUGUGAGUGGAUUAUCACUGGCCCUCCAAGUUAUUAUUCAAUUUACUUGUUUUCUUUUCACAAAUAUAAAAUUCCAAACGUCUACACCAAUGUUAUACAACCAAGAAAGCUAGAGAAUCAGUACGUAAAGCAUGAAAAAAGUGUUGGCUGGAAAGGACAUGAGCAGCAUGCAGUGUUGUGUAGAAAAAAACAUGACGACAGGAAAUAUAAAAGAAACCAAGAAGUUGCCCAACCCCAAAUAUGAUUUCCACUUCAUAGCCAUGAUUGAAUGUCCUCCAAAUAGCUAGUCAGAACAGAACAACAUAUUGCAGCUAAA